AAACCGUUACAGUUGACAUCGUUAUCGUUACGAAAACAUUCAAACAGACGCGUCUCUGAAGAAUGCAGCGAACCUUAUUUCUGAGCUAAAAAAUUAAGUGCAGAAAAAGAUAGGAAGAUGAAUUCAACAGACGUGAAGCGGAUGAAGGAAAUAUUUCAUCAAUCCCAGUUUAGUGUAACGUCCCAUGAACGACUUUGCAAACAAUUAAGGCAACUGUACGAAAAGAAUUCGCUCGAUUCUUUCUCGAAUGAAUACAUAAAAUGUUUACAAGUGCCUCUGAUUCAAGGGGAAAAGUUUCGACCUGUGGAAAAUAUUCUCAGUUUUGCCUCCAAAUUUAUUGCUUCCCACCUUCAAUCGAAACCUGUCCCUGUCGAUGUUGAAGAGGAAGAGAGAGAAGACGAAGAGAUAUCUCCAUUUGCUCUCAAUGUUUUAAAAUUUUUGUUUGAGAACCACAACUCUGACUACCAAGCAAUUCGCUUCAGAGUUUGCCAGUUCAUAAACAGGAUUCUGAAUGGUUUAGGGAAUGAAGCGUGUAUUGAUGAUGACUUGUGUGAUCAAAUUAGUGAAUGCAUGAUGGAAAGAUUGCAGGAUAAGGCCCCUGCUGUUCGCAUGCAAGCUGUCUUGGCUCUCCAUCGGUUGCAAGAUCCAGCUGAUGCAUCUUGCCCAGUAAUGAAAGCAUUCAUGUUUCACAUGUCUUCUGACCCCAGUGCUGAAGUACGUCGUGCUGUACUCACAAACAUUGCUAUUACUGCCCCAUCUGUACGGGGUAUUCUUGAACGCACUCAUGAUAUUAAAGAUACUGUGCGGCGUUCUGCAUUUUUAAGUCUUUCCAAGUUAAGCGUCCAGAGGUUUACAAUAAUACAAAGAGUCCGACUUCUCACUGAUGGCCUGAAAGAUCAUGCAGCUAUUGUUCGUGAUGCUGUUUCUAAAGCUAUGCUACCAGCUUGGCUCCAAUUUUACAAAGGAAGUUUCUUGUCACUUUUACAUGCUCUGGACUGUGAAAAUGCAACUGAAAUAUCAUCCAUAGCUUUACGAGCUCUUUUCAAAUCUGAGCCCUUGAAAGCAGUUUUAGAAGAGCUCACUAAUUUGUUAAAUGAGGACAAAGUGAUACCAAUUGAGGAGCUCAGUCCAGAGAAUGUUCUGUACUGGCGAUUGUUGUCUGAAUAUCUUGAGGCCCACCCUGAAAUUGCUGAUGACCGCCCUAUUGAUGAGCCUCUUCCAGAACUAUUACCUGAGCUCUCAACUUUCUGCAAUUACAUUAAACAGUAUCAUGAUACUAAGUCUCUUGCCGAAGCAGAGCAUUGGGUGGUACUUCAACACCAGUACAUUUUAAUUCAAUUACUGGAACUUUGCAAAGGUUUCGAUUUGGCUGAUGAAAUGGGAAGAACCAAUUUAAAAGAUUUAUGUUUAUAUCUUUUAACAAACAACUCUGUACCUGAAAUUGUUGUGCCUGUCAUUAUUCAACUUAUGGUCAGAAUUGUUCCUCAAGUGGAGGACCGUCUUCAGGCACUUGCUGAGGCAAUAUCUGAAGUAAGAGAGCCAAUGACAGAACAAGAAGCUGAACCUGAAGCACCUCAAGCACCACCUCUGUCUGCUGAUGAACAGAGGCAAAAGGACCUCAAGCAAGCUUCAAUUCGUGUAAAAAUUAAUGAAUUGAAAGAAGAACAAGAUGAUGCCGUCAGAGAAAAAAAUUAUACUAAAGCCCAAAAGCUUCAAGAGGAGUGUGAAACCCUUCAAUGUGAAUUAAAAACUUUGAUGGAAGGCACUCCUGCACUGCCACCCCCUCCAACUCGAGUAGAGAUUCGAGAUUCGGUGAAAGAUGAAUUAGCACUUCGUAAAUGUCUACGUAUUGUAAGGGAGAUGACCCAGUCAGACUCUGUGAAAAGCCUCUCUGCUACUCUUCGUUCAUUAAUGCAAAAUUUUAUCCUGCCAUGUUUGGAGGAAGAAAGAACUCCCAUCAUAAGGAAUAAAGCUUUAGAAGUUUUGGGCAUUUUCUCCCUUCUUGACAAGACGUUGGCCAAAGAAAAUUUCUUCAUGUUCUGUUUCCAGAUUGCCAAUGAUGAAGUCUGUGAAGUAGCCCUGAAAGUGACUUUUGAUCUCCUGCUCCAAUAUGGUCUGGAAACCUUCCAAAUUCUUGAAAAAGAGGAAAAUGGAGAGGUAUCUACAAAGAAGAAGACGAGAAAGAAGAAGAAUCUUUUUCCAACUGAUAUGUGUGAUGAUGACUUUGAUACAGAGGAAGAUGAAAGCCAAGAAACUCAGACAACUUUCUCCAGUGGAUCAAGUGGAAAUACUUCUAAUUUAAUCUCAAUGUUGACAUCUCUCCUUGAUAGUGCUUCAACGUCUAUGCGCAAUUUGGCAAUGGUAGGUUUAUAUAAGCUCCUUAUGGCCUGCCGUAUCACAUCUUCAGCUCUUUUGUCUCGUCUCAUUUUAAUGUGGUACAGUCCUGUAACAGAUGGAGAUGAAAGCUUGCGACAGCCACUUAGUUAUUUCCUAACUCUGUAUGCUAGUCAAUGUCCUCGUAGUCAAGAAACCUUGGAACAAGCGUUCAUGCCUACCUUGCGAACUCUAAUGCAGGCUCCAGUUACUAGCCCUCUCACUCAAAUAGAUAAAGAGAGUGUCUCUCGUCUUCUGUUAAAUCUUACAAGACCUGGAAUUAAUAAGUAUCAUUCUAAGAUGAGUCACAUUCAUAACAAUCUUGCCUUAACCAUUUGUAAUGCUAUUCUAGACUGUGAUGAUAGCACAAAUGUUGCUGUUCUCUUAAAAGCACUGUCUGCCUUGGAAUUAUCAUUAGAUGAUGCUGUGUACCGGGAAGAACUGAAAACUCUUGUUAAAAGGGUCAGAGAGAUUUUCAAUAUUUCAAAGGAAAAGUUAUUUAUUCGGUCCCUUGAUAAAAUCAGAACACUUAUAGAACUUGCUGCUGACAAUGUUUCCAUGCGAACAACAGAGGUUGAUAAUACAGCAGCUUCCAGCCAGCUGGAAGCCACUCAAAGUGUCAGAGGUUCUAUUCAGUGUAAUGACACAAAUAACAGGAAUAUUGAAGGUUCUCAUCCUCACACCUUAGUUGGUGAUUCUGAUGAUGAAGAUACAUAUCAUACAACAACUUCUAACAUUAUCAUCCCACCUAGUCCACCACGUGAUGAGGCUAGUGAUGGUGAAGAAAUGGAAAAAGAAGAGUCUGAAGAGCAAGCCAGUCAAAUCAAAGAGAGAGAGAAGGAAGAUGUUUUUAAGAAACCAGCUACGAAUGGAAAAUCAAUGAGGAGUAGAACUCGCAAUCGAGGCAUAAGUGCUGCACCUGGUGACAAUGAUACGUCUCCUGUGGCUAAAAGGAAAAAGGCUGACGAAACCCAAGUUGAUCAAAUAAGGAAGAGUCGGUUCACUAAAAGUGCAAAGGCGAAAGAGGUGGAGGGCCAAUUGGAAGCCCAAUCUGCAACCAGCCCUCUGUGUCUGGCUCAGAAAACAAACUCACCUACUGUUACAAGGAAUGCUAGAAACUUAAGAAAAGAAAAUGACACUAGCUCUAGCAUUGCUAGAAACAUUCAAAGUGGCAAAAGGCAAAUUAACCCAACUGAAAAGGGCUCAACUUUGAAAACUUUCCAAAAUAUCACCCCACCUACAGGAAAAGGUUCUGAUGCACUUGCUACUGUAUCACCUCGUCUUACUCCACCAUCCAAAAGAAUUAGAAAAUCUUUACCCAGUGAAGUUUCAAGUACAGCUGAUAGCAGUACGCAGGCACAAACUUCUGAAGUCUCAGGCUCCUUUUCCACCAGCAAUGAUUCACCAGCUCGACCUAACACAAGACGAAGUAUAGCAAAUCGGACAGACAGAGAUUCUCUAGAGUCUCCCCCGGUCUCAGCAGCACAACUUCGUUCAAAGAUGGAGAAGAAUGCCAACAAAGGUCAGAAAAGCACAAUUGAUAAAAAGGGUCUGAACUCAAAUGGAUCAUCUCCAUGUAAAAGUUCUUCUGGUGAAUCCCAGAUCAAGAAUUCGAAUGAAAAGAAAAAGACUCCCUCAUCUGAUGAUUCAUCGACACCUACCUCUUGCCCUGAGGUUGAUGCCGUCUCUUCUACUAUUCCUAAAAGAAAUCGCAAUGCCAAGGGUGAUGCUAAACAAUCUGGAAAAAUUCUGGAUACUCAGCCCAGGACCACUCGAUCAAAAACUGAAUCAGAUGAAUCGCCUUUGAGAGAAACUCAGGCUAGACAAAGAUCUGGACGCUCAAAAAUUGGAGUGUCACUACCUGAGCCUGUCUCACAGGGACAAAGCAGGUCUGUUUCAGACAGCGUUCCAUCGGACUCUGACUCCUCUCCUGCACCUCUGCACCCCAAUAAGCAAAAGAAACUCAAAAGCCAAAAUGCUCAGGAAAAUAUUAACAAAAAAACAACUAGUGCAUCAAGCACAGAUGUUGAAUCUGACAUAUCCCCUGUCAGAAUGGCUCCUAGGCAAAAAAGGCGCGAGCAGGUGAAAGGCAUUGAAAAACUGCCAGAAAGGUCUAUGACCUCUGUCCCCACAAGGGCUACGCGUAGAAGUACUACUUCACAAUCAGACUCUGAGGGAACUCCACAGCCUUCAAAUACCUCCUAUUCAGACCAAUCCCCUGCCCUGCACAGCAGGGCACUGCAAAAAGAAGAUAAAGGACAGUCACCUUCACCUUCCUCAGCAGCUCAACUAAAACAGAAAUUAUUGAAGAAAAAUGUCAGUAAGGAAGGUUCUUCUAAAGUUAUUCCAGGAGAGAAGUCUGAAGAAUCUGAUUCAGUACCUUCACCCACAACACGAUCAUCGAGAGGGAAGGCUGCUAUUGUUUCUGUAGCAAAGACUCAACCAACUAAAAAGAGACCAGCUGAAGCACUAAAAUCCACUAGUUCAGAGGGGCUUGAUUCAGAUUCCUCUCCAUCUGUAAGCAAAGUGAAACAGGCGCAUAGCAAAAGCAAAGGAGCCUCAAACAACUCGACUCCUGUUCACCCUGAGAAGAAAACUCGAACCAAGACCCCCAGUAUAGAGUCCUUGCCCGCUCGUCGUUCCCUUAGGUCUUCUGUUGAAACACCAUCACCCAGAACAAGGAGUGGAAAGGUUAAAAUUUAAAAUGAACAUUCUAUGUGAAUGUUUGUAUUUGCUACAUCCUGCUGUAGGCACUAUGCAUGUAUUAUUAGCUUUAUUUACUAUAAAUUACUAACACUGAAACUAUGAAAUUUUAAAGAUCUGUUUUAAUGUAUUUAUUUGAUGGAUGUAUAAGUAAUUAAGAAAUCUUAAACAUCAUGAUUUUUUAUUUUUUAAUUCAGUUAUAAAUAUAUCCAUCUUUUUAAA